AUGCCCACUCAAAGGCUGGACGACGUGAAGGUGGAAGAGAAAUACGUUCACGCGGCGAAGGAAGAUUCUUCAGGAUACCUUACUACUCCAACUCCCGAUCACCUCCCGAAAUCUUUUUAUCAGACACCUGUCAUUCUUGAAAGAAGACCACAGUCAACUGUAAUGACGACUACACAAAUCGCGAGUAAACCGGCAGAGGCGAGUUCUAAACAAGUAACGAGUCAAAUUGCUCCUAAAAUAAAUCAUGACAACUCGAUAAAUGCCGUCUCUUCCGUAAGUGUUUCACGUGUAGAAGUAAAACAGACAACCAUUCAAGGAGCCAUGCGAGGAAAACCUUCUGAUAGACCAUUUAUUAAAAUGAUUAAUGAGAGGGGAAUCUUCAACCAGGAAUCUGUAUUAAAGAUUUUGAGUGAACUUCCUGGUCAUUUCGUUAUUGGGGUAUGUGGUCCUCAGGGAUCUGGCAAAUCUACCGUUGUUUCCGCUUUUUGUCAAGAUCCUCAGAACGCAUUUUCUAUUCAGUCAGUCGAUGCGUUAAAUUUUGCUAGUCACGAAACCAUGGGUAUUGACAUUCAUGUUACAUCGGAAAGGAUUAUCAUUCUAGACACGCAGCCUCUCUUUAGUUUGUCAGUUCUCGAGCACGCGAUUAGGAACGAUUAUAUUUCUGAUAAUAUGUCACCCGAAUUAUGGCUCGAGUCGCAGUCGUUACAAGUUAUCGUCUUUCUAUAUUCGGUUUGCAACGUUGUCAUAACUGUCACCGAAAGUGCCGAUUAUUCAAUGUGGAAUUUUUUAAAGAAGGCGGAGAUGAUGAAAUAUCGCAUACCAGAGUUUCCCACCGUGCCUUCCCUUAUGUCAGCAGACACUGGUGCUGAGUAUUAUCCUGACAUAGGUAGAUAG